GGAGUUGAUUCGAUGUCAUGCAGUGACGCAACGACGCCAUUAAGCUAGAAGUCGGCCUGUUAUAUAGGUACUCUACUACUAUAAUGGGAACGGAACUACUACUGACUGAAUGGUUUCAUCCUCAAGGACAGCGUUGUAGCUACAUCUAGGGAAUGCAGAUCACCAAAAACAGAAGGUCAAUUAUGUAUUUCGCCUAUAUAAGUAAUGAUCACUAUAAUUGAUAGGCCAUCAUUGCAAGCAGCUUCGGAACAUGCGACAAAGCGUUGUGAGGGGAACAGGAACACGAACGAUACGAGCAUGUGAGCCCGCGAACACAAAUUACAAAUUGACGGCUAGGCUCCCAGCUAGUUUGUUGUCGCCCUUUGGUGCUUGUAUUUGUUGAGUCACAGUUGAAACGGCAGAAACAACAUGAUGAUGAGUUUGAAAACAGCAUUUUUAGUCUCAGCAUCGGCUGUAUUAGCGCUUGAAUGGUCCGAUGGUACAGGCAAGCUACCUGCACUAGGUUGGAAUUCAUGGAAUGCCUACCAUUGCGAUAUUAAUGAGACUCGAAUUCUCGACGCUGCUAAUGCCAUUGUUAAAUUUGGCUUCAAGGAUGCCGGUUACGAGUAUGUCAACAUAGAUGAUUGCUGGUCAGUCAAAACUGGCCGUGAUAGGAGGACGCAGCAACUGGUCCCCGAUCCUAAAAGGUUCCCUAGCGGCAUAUCUGGAGUCGCCAACAAGAUUCAUGCUUUGGGUUUGAAAAUUGGCAUAUAUAGCAGCGCCGGAACAAGGACAUGUGCUGGCUACCCUGCCAGCAUUGGAUACGAAAGCAUCGAUGCGGCUACCUGGGCAGCCUGGGGAAUUGAUUAUCUCAAAUAUGAUAACUGCAACGUACCGUCAAACUGGACGGAUGCGUGCAAUGCAUGUGUCUACAAUCUCAAUAACCCCAACAACUAUGUCAAUGGGACAUGCGUCAACUCCGGCAACUAUUGCCCUGGCGGGUACGACUACACCAGAUCCAACUCUGCCAAGCGCUAUGCCAUUAUGAGAGAUGCCCUCCAAGCGCAGAACCGGACAAUUCAAUACGCCCUUUGUUCAUGGGGAAGCGCAGGAGUCGAGCAAUACGGGAACGCAACAGGAAACUCGUGGAGAAUGAGCGACGAUAUCCAAGAUGGAUUUAAAUAUGUGACAUCUAUACUCAACAUGAACUCAUUCAACUUGAACGACGUCGACUUUUGGGGCCAUCCCGACGCAGACAUGCUAGAAGUCGGAAACGGCGGGCUUAGUGUCGCAGAAGAACGCACACACUUUGCCUUUUGGGCCGCUAUGAAGAGUCCAUUGCUCAUCGGUACCAACCUUUACGCUGCGUCAGACGAAGCCAAAUCCAUUCUCCUGAACAAGUAUCUACUGGCCUUCAACCAAGACAAUGUCUACGGCGCCCCUGCAAAGCCCUGGAAAUGGGGUACCAACCCGGACUUCACCUUCAACGCUACAAAUCCGGCAGAGUUCUGGUCCGGGGAAAGCCAGCAGGGUACUCUUGUGCUUAUGAUGAAUACACUGGCAGUCAGCCGUGAUAUGACAGCCAAUUUCGGCGAGAUUCCGAGUCUUGAUGCUGAUGGAUCGUACAAGGUACUUGAUGUUUGGACGGGCGAGGACCUUGGGUCGAUUACCUCUAGCCUUACGGUUAAGGUUGCUUCGCAUGACACUGCCGCAUUUCUAUUCACUUCCGGGUUGUCUCAAUAGUAAACUGGGUUGGCAUCAGAUUGCACAAGUCGGAGCCUAGUUACUCAAGUACCGCCUGUGUGGAAUUACCAAAGCAGAAAAGUUUUCGCCUGCUGUCAUAUCCAUUGCUCAUAUAGUCUAGCAAACGUCGAUAACGUAGUUUUUCGGGUUCUUCCUAACGGUACUGCCCUCUUUCGUUCUCCGGCUUCUUCGAGAAAAUUGCUAUAAGCAUUUUGUAACUUUCAGCAUAUAGCGAAUGGCAAUGUGUAGACUUUAUACCUCUAUGAGCUCCAAUUUCAAGUUCAAUACUCAUAAUAUACGCAGCAGAGUAUUCACAUGGUCAGCGACCGAGAUCCUCCAGUCCGUUCUUUUUGGGAUUCUACAUACAACGAGGUUGGCCAUCCCAAGUUCUUGAUACCCGGUACGAAAUUGCCAGCUACAUAUUUGUAGCGGAUAAAAAGGAGUGAGGU